AUGGCCCCGCCGCCGCCCCGAGCGCGCUCAGCGGCCGCGCAAGGCGCCGCGGCACGGCGGAGCCAUUGCCCGGCCGGCCCGCCCGACUACAAGUCCCGGCAGCGCGGCCGGCAGGGCGGGUCCCGGCACUGCGGCUGCCCGAGUAUUGGGACCUGUGUAGGUUUGGAUGUGCUUAGCUCAGGGGAUAAAGCGCGGCAAGCUGGAGGGAUUAGUUCUGCAUUAAAAUUAACAGUACCAUCUCAUACCAUCCAUGGUAUCGAGGGGCAACCACUUCAUCUUUCUGUUGACUACAGUUUCAAUGCUACAGCUUCUGAAAUCCAGAUAAUUUGGCUUUUUGAGAGGUCUCAAAGUAAUCCAAAAUACUUGCUUGGCUCUGUAAAUCAAAGAGUUGUUCCAGACUUGGAAUACCAGCACAAGUUUACCCUUAUACCACCAAAUGCAUCUUUGAGGAUUAACCCAUUGCAUCUCAGUGAUGAGGGCAAUUACAUUGUAAAAGUCAAUGUCCGUGGAAAUGGGACCAUAGCUGCAAGUCAAAAGAUUCAAGUAGCUGUUGAUGUUCCAGUCACAAAGCCAGCUGUACAUACUGAACCAUCUUCAGGAGUAGUGGAAUAUGUAGGGAAUAUUACCCUAAAAUGUACUGUGGACAGAGGUACAAGGGUAGCUUACCAGUGGAUGAAAAAUGGGAAGUGUCUUCAUGCUGGCCCUAACUAUACCUUUUCAUCAAACAAUGCUACACUUCUAAUUGUUCCUGUAGUAAAAGAAGACGUUGGGAAUUACAGCUGUCUGGCAUCUAACCCUGUCAGUGCAAUGGAAAGUGAGAUAAUUUCACCAACCAUAUAUUAUGGACCUUAUGGACUAAGAGUCAAAUCAGACAAAGGUCUGAAUAUUGGGGCAGUCUUUACAGUUGACGUGGGGGAGGUUGUACUGUUUGACUGCUCAGCAGAUUCAAAUCCACCAAAUACUUAUUCAUGGAUUCAAAGGGAUGACAAUACCACUCAAGUAAUCAAAUAUGGACCCCAUCUGGAAGUUGUAUCUGACAAAGUGGCCCAGAAGACAAUGGAGUACAUGUGCUGCGCUUUCAACAAUGUGACUGGAAAACGAGAUGAAACUCACUUCACAGUUGUUGUUACGUCCGUAGGGUUGGAAAAGCUGGCCCAGAAAGGAAAAUCUUUGUCUUCUCUUGCAGUAAUAACAGGAAUUUCAUUAUUUUUGAUCCUAGCUAUGGCCUUUUUAUUCCUAUGGAAAAGAUAUCAGCCACAUAAAGUGAUACAACAGAAGCUACAGAGCAGGGCAGAAGCUGAUUACAGAAAGGCACAGGCAUUUUCAGGACAUGAAAGUGCUUUGGAUGAUUUUGGGAUAUAUGAGUUCAUCACUUUUCCAGAUCUUACCAGUGGCUCUAGGGUUUCAAGUCAAUCUGUUCCUGGCCCUGACUUUGUCGCAGGCCAGGAUAUGCUAAGUACGGUUUAUGAAGUUAUUCAGCACAUUCCUGAGCAGCCAGAACAAGACCACCAACAAUGUAUAUGAAGAUACAGGAAGAGGAAAUCAAAGCAUCUGGAAAUACCAAAAUUACUUCUUUAUAGUAUAUUGAAGGAAAUUCCAACAACUUCAAGAGUAGCAAAGGCUCAUGCCACCUUGUCUUGAAAUAACAAUUUUUCUUCAGACUGAAAAUCCCUUUUGGGGUGCUCUAAAUUGCCCAUUUUUAAAAUUAAUUUUUCUUUUUUUAAGUAAUAAUUCCUUGGGAAAUAGGGUUAUUUUUUAAUUCCUUUUUUUUUUCCUUAUAAGUGAAUACAAAAGACAAAGGGAUAGCUUAAAAAAUGCACUAUAAAACCUACACCUUUUUCUAAAAAACAAUCAGCAGAAGCACAAGAAGGAACCAGGCCCAAGAUGUCAUCCGUGCUUGUUUUAUUUAAAAAAUAGCAAAAAUAGCAAACAGAAGGGUUGUUUUUUUUUGGGGGGUUGACUUUAACAAGAGAAGACCUCCACACUGACAUGAAAAGUAAUAAAUGCAGUAUUGCCAGAUUGCAGAAUACAUUUGGGGUUUUGAAUAAAGUAAUUCUUUUAAUUCAUUUAAUAUGACAUAAUUUUCAAGUGUAGAAACGGAUUUGUCAAGCAGUUACAAAAAUGUAUAUAUGUAUUAUAUUCAGAAUAAUGUGUUCUCAUUAAAUUGUUUCUUUUCCAUUUGAA